AUGGACAAGCCACGAGAGCCUCACUUGGAAGCAGCUUAUAGAGUAUUACGGUACCUUAAACACACUCCUGGGCAAGGCAUACUUCUACCCUCUAGUGGGUCUUUGGAGCUAACGGCAUAUUGUGAUGCGGAUUGGGCAAGAUGUAAGGAUACAAGAAGAUCAAUUACAGGAUAUUGCAUAUUUCUUGGUAAUGCCCCAAUUUCAUGGAAGACAAAGAAGCAAAGCACGGUCUCUCGCUCAAGUGCUGAAGCCGAGUAUCGUUCCAUGGCAACAACUUGCUGCGAGGUACCUGUACUUGAUGGUGUUGAUGAAGAUGUGUUGUACCGCAUCUGUAUGUCUCUCGAUCCAGUGGUCCUCCCGAAGAAUAACUGUGUCGUUAAACCAGGUGGCCAAAUUGAUCGGAUGCUCAUCAUUGUAGAAGGCGAAAUUACUUUGACUGAGCAGACUUUCCAUGUUUUAAGUAGAUUAAGAAAGAGAGGCAACAUUGAAAGAAUACUGAAGAAAGGCGAUUUCUUUGGGGAGGAACUUCUGACUUGGGCAUUCCCUGACGUCUCUAUUUCCAAAUAUAAACCUGAUAUCUCGAGAAAAUAUGUUGAUUGUUGUGCAAAAGUAGAAGCCUUUGCUCUCACGAAGGAGGGUGUGGAAAGUGUAGUCGCCUACUACCGGGAGGGAACCAACAUUUUUGAGGAGUUGGAGAAUGGUAAAGAUGGUGUGGCUGAUACUAAUGGUACAUCCACAUCCCCAACUAUUGAGCAGAGACUUGAUCAGCUUAUUCAGCUCCAGGUUGACAUGCUUCAACAGCAUCGUGAUGAAAUGGCUAAUCAGGGACGGAGAUUGGAUCAGAUAGCUGCAUUCCUAGCCAGAUUGGGAUAUCCAGACACACCUCCUCCUGCAGCUUGAAGGAUUAUUAAGAACAAGCUAGAGCCUCUGGAUUAAUCCUACUAUGGGAGUUUGAAGUAAAGGUUUCAUUCUCGCAUUAAUGUUGCAGAGUUGAUAAACUUAAAGGCCUAUUAUGAUGCUAAUUUAGCUGGUUAUCGGCAGAAGAUCCACUACUGGUUUUGUGAUUCUUCUAGACGAUGCUCCUAUAUUUU